AUGGAUUCUAUUGAUGACCUCACUUGCAAAUUAGGCUCUCCUAAUUCCGAUUAAUAAACUAACGAUACAUUAAGCCCUAUCAAUCUAAGAACAAGUGAUAUAUUCAUUGAUUUAAAAAAAUCAAUUGACAACAAUAAUAAACUUCUUUUUGCAUUUAAAGAUUAAGUUUAUUAUUUAUAUCAAAUAAUGAGAAAUAUGACAAUAAAAGAAAAUUAUAGUUAUUAGAUAGCAUCAAUAAUAUUUUUGAGUGAGUAUUAAGAUAAUUCUUCAUAAAAAUUAGAGAAUGUUAAAUAAAUACUUUAAGAGUGUACUAAUUUAAAUCUAAAAACCUACUUUAUAAUAUUAAAUAAUAAUAAUCGUAAACCAAUUAUAAAAGAACUUAGAUAAUUGGUUGAAUAAUUUCCAUGUAGUUUAAGUAUAUGUGAUACUGAGAUUCAUAAUGUAGACCAUGAGUUAGAAAUGAUUACAAAAGAAUUAAGAAUAGGAUCUUUUGAUACAAGAAUAUUUGUUCACAUUUCAACAAAUAAAGCAAUGAAUACUUAUCUUAAUAGUCUAAUAACUUCUUUGUAAAAAUUUGAAAAAAGUUUGACUAAAAAUGAUAAAGUUUAUUGGUCUUCAUGUAAAACAAAUUAAAAGUUUACUGCCGUUGAAAUUUAAGAAGCUGAUUAAUAAGAUGAUAAGAAGAUAGGAAAGAGAAAUAAAAGAAAAGUAAUAUUAUAUGGUUUUGCCUUUUUAGUAAUUCUAACAAUAAUAUGUUAUUUAUUAUAUGUUGUAAUUAUAACGUUUAUUUAAUGA